AUGGCGGGAACACUCAAGCUCCUCCUGUGCGGCAUCGUAGCGCUCGCUACAGGCACGCAUGCGGCACCAAGAUGCCGGGCAACCCCAGAUGAUGCAGCUCGAACCUUUGAGGCUGAAGAUGCAGUGCUGAGCGGGACAAGUGUUGACACAGCACAGUCCGGGUUCACCGGCACUGGCUAUGUCACCGGCUUCGACCAGGCAACGGACAAGAUCACGUUUACCGUCAACAGUACCACCACCCGACUGUAUGACCUCAGCAUCCGGGUGGCCGCCAUUUACGGCGACAAGCACACCUCGGUCGUCCUCAACGGCGGGGCAAGCAGCGAUGUGUCUUUCCCAGCCAGCGACACGUGGACCAAUAUCGCGGCCGGGCAGCUUCUCCUCAACCAAGGGUCCAACACCAUCGAAAUUGUCAGCAACUGGGGAUGGUAUCUCGUCGACUCCAUCACUGUCACUCCUUCGGUGCCGCGCCCACCUCACCAGAUCAACCCAGCACCCGUGAACCCGGCAACCGACAACAACGCCAGGGCUCUGUACAACUACCUCCGCUCCAUCUACGGCACCAAGAUCAUCUCAGGCCAACAGGAACUCUCGUGGUCGAACUGGAUCGCAGAGCAGACAGGCAAAACCCCGGCGCUCGUCUCGGUGGACCUGAUGGACUACUCACCAUCGCGUGUUGAGAAGGGUACCAAGGGGACUGCCGUCGAAGAGGCAAUCGAGCACAGCAACCGAGGCGGCAUCAUCUCGGUGCUCUGGCACUGGAACGCGCCGACGGGCCUCUACGACACCGAGGAGCACCGUUGGUGGAGCGGAUUCUACACGGACGCCACCGAUUUCGAUGUGGAGGCGGCCCUCAGCUCGACUACCAACGCCAACUACACGCUUCUCAUCCGGGACAUUGACGCCAUUGCCGUCCAGCUCAAGCGGCUGCAGUCAGCCGGUGUUCCCGUCCUGUUCCGACCGCUGCACGAGGCCGAGGGCGGUUGGUUCUGGUGGGGCGCUAAGGGCCCGGAGCCGGCCAAGAAGCUGUGGGCGCUGCUGUACGACCGGCUGACCAACUACCACAAGAUCAACAACCUGCUCUGGGUCUGGAACUCGAUCCAGCCCGAGUGGUAUCCCGGAGACAACACGGUUGACAUCCUGAGCGCCGAUGUCUACGCGCAGGGCAACGGGCCCAUGUCCACGCAGUACAACCAACUCACUGAUCUGGGCAAAGACAAGAAGAUGAUCGCCGCGGCCGAGGUGGGCUCGGCGCCUCUCCCGGACCUGCUGCAGGCCUAUGAGGCUCAUUGGCUCUGGUUCGCUGUCUGGGGUGACACCUUCAUCAACAACCCUAGCUAUAACACACUGGAUGCCCUUAAACAAGUGAGUUCGCCGUUUGGAUGUCAUGAUGAAGGUUCUCAGAGACUUACACCGUGCCAGAUCUACACCAGCGACUAUGUUCUAACCCUAGACGAGAUUCAGGGUUGGCGGGGUGGAUGA